GGAAACUGUUGUAAAAUGUCGUGAAGUCCGUCUCGGCUUUACGGCUGCCGCUCCUAGAACGAGAGCCCCGGAGCGCCCACCACAGUCAGCUUUUCCUCCAAAAGAGUCGGCCCGGCGGAGAGCGAGAGGCCCUGCUGCCCUCACUGCCGCGCUCCGUUCCGGCCCCCGGCGAUGUGAACUGCAAGAGGUUACCGUGCCGCCCCGCCCCCCCCACCCCCGGGCCCGGGGGUUGAGACGGGCGACAGGUGCCUGUGAGGCGGGCGGGUGCCGGGGGCCAGCAGGAUGGAGGAAAGCAUGGAGGAGGAGGAGGUGCUCACCUACGAGGCGAUGAUGGACGACCAGAACCACAACAACUGGGAGGCUGCUGUGGACAGCUUCCGGCAGCCGCCGCCCCCCUUGUCGAUCCCAGCCCCUGUCCGAGAGCCUCCGGGGGGCCAGCUGCUGGCCGUGUCCGCAGUCUCGAUAGACAGGAAGGGCCCUAAGGAGGGGCUCGCCAUGGGGCCGCCACCGCCGCCGCCGGAGGCCAAUGGGGUGAUCAUGAUGUUGAAGAGCUGCGACGCGGCCGCCGCCGUGGCCAAGGCGGCCCCCGCCCCCACCCCCAGCUCCACCAUCAACAUCAACACCUCCACCUCCAAGUUCCUAAUGAAUGUUAUAACUAUUGAAGAUUAUAAGAGCACAUACUGGCCAAAAUUGGACGGUGCCAUAGAUCAACUUUUAACCCAGAGUCCUGGUGACUAUAUCCCCAUAUCCUAUGAACAGAUAUACAGUUGUGUGUAUAAGUGUGUAUGCCAGCAGCAUUCGGAGCAGAUGUAUAGUGACCUGAUUAAAAAGAUAACUCAUCACUUAGAGAGAGUCUCAAAGGAGCUGCAGGCCAGCCCUCCAGACCUCUAUAUUGAAAGAUUUAAUAUAGCUCUUGGGCAGUACAUGGGAGCAUUGCAGAGCAUUGUGCCUCUUUUCAUAUAUAUGAAUAAAUUUUACAUUGAAACCAAGCUCAACAGAGACUUAAAAGAUGACCUUAUUAAGCUGUUUACGGAACAUGUUGCAGAAAAGCACAUUUACAGCCUAAUGCCUUUACUUUUAGAAGCCCAGUCAACACCAUUUCAGGUCACACCUUCAACUAUGGCAAAUAUUGUGAAAGGCCUGUAUACUCUCAGACCAGAGUGGGUUCAGAUGGCUCCAACUCUAUUUUCUAAAUUUAUUCCAAACAUUCUCCCUCCGGCAAUGGAAUCCGAACUUUCUGAAUAUGCUGCUCAAGAUCAGAAACUUCAGAGAGAACUUAUACAGAAUGGUUUUACCAGAGGUGACCAGUCCCGGAAGAGAGCUGGGGAUGAGUUGGCUUAUAACGGUUCAUCUGCAUGUGCAAGUUCCAGGGGCUACAGAUAGUGAAUGUGUUGAAUGUACUUUCCUCCCGGAGAGAGGACACACUGGAGCUGCAGAGACUGUGUUCUGAGCACAGCAGCCUGCACCACUCAGGAGCUCUGUCACAAGGCUGUUCUUGGGAGAGGAUGCCAGACUCUUACUUGGUUUGUAAUUUUAAAA